GCGACAAAGGACACAGAGUCUAGGGCAAGAGGGCACCGGUUUGCCGAGGCCCGUAAGCCAUGGCGGCUCAGAAGCCGCUCAGCACCACUGCGGCAGAGCGCAUGAACCUUGUGGCCCAGGACGAGAUCUGGAGAUACCGUCUGAAGGCUGAAUAUAAAGCCCAGGAAGAAUGGCCGAUGAAGUGGGGAUAUUUGAUGACCUCCAUGGAGAAGCUGCUGGAAGGUGAAGAAGAACCACGAACCCCAAAGCCCAAGAUCGAGCUGCCCAGCCACUUCCGUGUCCGGCCAGUGAGCCCCAUGGACAAAUACAUCAAGAUCCUUCCAUCACCUCCAAUCCCAAAGACCACCCAGAGCUUCAUCGGAUGGCGAUCUGGGGUGCCAGGCCUGAACAAGUGCUUGGAGCAUGACACAGAGAUCCGCAGCUGCAAAGGGGCUUACGCCCGAGAGCUGCACUGGCCAGAGCAAGGCGUGUACUGAAUGUCACCAUGGCUUCAGGUGGGAUGUGCCCUGUGCCUGGGUGAGCCUCCCCUGGACGGCUCCCCACGUCUCUAUGGAUGUUCUGAAGGACAACAGUUUACCUUAGGUGUUGUUGUUCAUUGGUGCUCCCAAGAUUCUUGGCUAACAUAAGGUAAAUAGAUACUCUGGUUUAUUUA